ACCGUUCCAUACUGAAUUUCAUACGCAGUCAGACGAGAGGGUCGCUCACUGCGGUAAAAUAAAAUACUAUUAAUAAACACUCAAGCCGGGAGCAGUUUCUUUCUGAAUUGCCGUAAUUAUUCUCUGCAGCAUACCGGAAUAUUAUUUACUACAAGGUGAUUUUUUAACCCAAAGAUGAAUUUUGAGCAGCCCCCUCCAUACCCAGGCAGUGGCCCCACUGCUCCAGGCUACCCAGCCCACGGCAUGCCUCCUCAAGGCUACCCUGCUCAGGGAUAUCCUCCACAGGGUUACCCCGUUAACAUGGAGCAGCCUAAUUCAGCCUACCCCAACUACCCCCCUGGACCAAUGGGCCCUGGAGGUCCUUAUCCUAACCCAGGCCCUUAUCAAGGGUACCCAGGAGAACAGCAGUAUGGCUGGCAGGGAGGACCCCCUCCUGGGCCCAUGUAUGGGGAAGCUCCCAAAAACACAGUGUACGUGGUGGAGGACAGGAGAAGAGACGACACAGCGGACACAUGCCUGACAGCCUGCUGGACAGCUCUGUGUUGCUGUUGUCUUUGGGACAUGCUGACAUAACGUAUUCCCUGAAUGUUCGCUCCCAUUACCCUCUUGUCCCCCAUUUCUGUGCCUCGAGCCCCAUCACCCUGACCCCUAUCUGCCUUACACCUCACACUCCUUUACAACCACCCCUCCCCCCCCCAAGUCUUAUGCUUGUCUAUAUAUGAAAGCCUUGAUCCCAUGAUGUCUCCUGAAAAAGCCACUUGUUCCUCCUUAAUGUGAAGCCCUCAGCGCUGUCUGACUGACUGACCCUGUGCAGGGGAAACUCUGUAGCAGCUUGUAACUGAGCUUCUAAGCAUAACCUGAAUCUCAGGCUGCUCACUGAAAUCUAACACCAACACCCAGCAUGCACACUCACACCAUCAUGGUUACACAAUAACACACGCAGACACACACACACACACACACACACACACACACACACACAGUGUACUUGGAUCUCAGGCUCAUCUAGUGUGUGGCUCUUUGGCACUUUAUGAUGAUUACCUCUGUAAGAUAUUACUCCUGCCUUCCCUCUCAGCCAUCUCGAACCCUCCCUAGCCCCACAUUCAGCUAUGCUACUCCCUGUCGCCAAGGACAACCCCAUGUCCCGGACCCUCGAUUUCUCACACAGGCCACCAAGACCCUGGCUGUUAAAUCAGCCUCAGGGCGCUCUGAAGAAGCUGAUGCUUGAAACGUAUCCCUUUUCAUUUGCACAGAAGCAGUUUUUGCAGAUGUUUGUCUUCAAGUGAAAUCAUAUAACAAUAAAUGGAAUGCAUUUUUGAUGACGACAGUGAUUUAUGUUUGAUUACUGUUCACAUUCGAUGGCCUCGAUGUUCCUUAUUUUCAUGGUGAUCUUGAUAUGAAAAACGUUAUUCCAAUAUUAUUUUUAUUACAUACCUUCGAGAUAAAACUGAAAAUGUGAAAAAAGAUUGUGAUUGCUUAAAAAAAACUUGUUAAAUGCCUUUUUUGCUUAAAUGAGAAUCUUGCAUUAAAAUAAUUUAUUCCCAUUA